AUGAAAUCCAGGUCAAGAAGAAGGGAUAGGUCAGGUUCCAGGUCUAGGAGCAGCAGAAGAGACAGGGACAGAGAGAGAAAAUCCAGGUCAAGGUCACCAAAACGUGAAAAAAGGAAAGAGUCCUCCUCCAAAUCUCCACGAAGAAGUCGAGAUCGCUCAGAUGAUAGAAACGACAAGGAGGGUUCUGACAAGGAGAGCCCUCCAAGAGCAGACCAGGAGAAAGUUCUGGAUGAGAUCAGGCCCUCGCAGUCCCGCUCUCGGUCCAGGAGUGCCCCAAGGUCAGAGAGGUCAGCAUGUUCUGGAAGCAGGAGUCCCCCUCUAGGGAGGGAGGAAGAUGAGGAAGACUAA